AUGGCUCCUCAGCUGCUGCCUCCGUCGCCCCCUGGUACCCGCCUACGGAACGGCAGACACGACCGCCCUGCCACGGCCUCCAUCUGGAUCCUAACACUGCACUGGGCGGGUCCACACUGCGAGUCAGGCCUGGUUCCUCUCAUCAUCAAGCAAGUGUCAAUGACCUCCCAAGGGAAGGUGUCUCAGGAGGAGGCAGCUGAGGUGCCGCUUACAGAGGUGUUCAGCCUGCAGCUGGCCUGGACACCGGUGGUCGUGCUCAACAUGCUGGUGGCCAUGGGCAAGCCGCUGGUGUACCACAGCAAGGACUUGCCCACUGCUCUUAGGUUCUCACACUUGGCCUGGGGGCAGCACCCAAGAAACCAACUCCGGGAGGCGGGCCUUGCCCAGCUCCCCCUCUCCUUUCGCUGCUCGGCCGCGGCCUCCUGCGCCCCCGGCGCCCCCCUGCGGAACUGCAGCCGCGGCCGCCCAGCCGGGGCCUCCACCUGGAUCCUAGCGCUGCGCUGGGCGCGUCCGCACUGCGAGUCAGGUGCCUGGUGUGGUGAGGGGUGCCUGUGUGUCCAGAGGAGCCCAGUGCCCACUGAGUCAGCCAUGGAGCUGCUUACCAGGGAGACACUGGGAUCCCUGGCCGUGGCCAUGGCCAUCUUCCUGCUCCUGGUGGACCUGAUGCACCGGCGCCAACGCUGGGCCCCACGCUACCCACCAGGCCCCAUGCCCCUGCCUGGGCUGGGCAACCUGCUGCAGGUGGACUCCCAGGACACCCUUUGCUUCUUUACUCGGUUGCAACGCCGCUUCGGGGACGUGUUCAGCCUGCAGCUGGCCUGGACCCCCGUGGUCGUGCUCAACGGGCUGGUGGCCAUGCGCCAAGCACUGGUCCACCACAGCGAGGACACCUCCGACCGCCCCCCUGAGCCCAUCUUGGAGCACCUGGGUUUCGCGCCCCAAGCAGAAGGGGUGGUCUUUGCCCGCUAUGGACCCAGGUGGCGGGAGCAGCGGCGCUUCUCCGUGUCCACCCUGCGCAACUUCGGCCUGGGCAAGAAGUCACUGGAGCAGUGGGUGACCGAGGAGGCCUCGUGCCUCUGCGCCGCCUUCGCAGACCAGGCCGGACGCCCCUUUAGCCCCAACGCCCUCCUGAAUAACGCGGUGACCAACGUGAUCGCCUCCCUGACCUUCGGGCGCCGCUUCGAGUACAACGACCCGCGUUUCCUCAAGAUAUUGGACCGAACACUGGACUUACAGAAGGAGAGUUCCCGCUUCCUGCGCCAGGUGCUGAACGCCGUUCCCGUGCUCCUGCACAUCCCGGGGCUGGUCGACAAGGCCUUUCCGGGGCAGAAGGCCUUCAUGGCCCUGCUGGAUGAGCUGGUUGCAGAGCACAGGAUGACCCGGGACCCGGCCCAGCCUCCCCGAGACCUGACUGAUGCCUUCCUGGACGAGGUGGAGAAGGCGAAGGGGAACCCCGAGAGCAGCUUCAAUGAUGAGAACCUGCACAGGGUGGUGUCUGACCUGUUCUCUGCCGGGAUGGUGACCACCUCGACCACGUUGGCCUGGGCCCUCCUGCUCAUGAUCCUGCAUCCGGACGUGCAGCGCCGUGUCCAACAGGAGAUCGAUGAGGUGAUAGGGCAGGCGCAGCGACCAGAGAUGGGGGACCAGGCCCACAUGCCCUUCACCAUGGCCGUGGUCCAUGAGGUGCAGCGCUUUGGGGACAUUAUCCCGCUGGGCGUGCCCCACAUGACAUCUCGCGACAUUGAAGUGCAGGGCUUCCUCAUCCCCAAGGGGACGAAACUCAUCACUAACCUGUCAUCGGUGCUGAAGGACAAGACCGUCUGGAAGAAGCCCUUCCGCUUCCACCCCGAGCACUUCCUGGAUGCCCAGGGCCGCUUCGUCAAGCAGGAGGCCUUCAUGCCCUUCUCAGCAGGCCGCCGCUCGUGCCUCGGGGAGCCCCUGGCCCGCAUGGAGCUCUUCCUCUUCUUCACCUGCCUCCUGCAGCGCUUCAGCUUCUCGGUGCCCGCUGGGCAGCCCCGCCCCAGUGACCACGGUGUCUUUGGCAUACUAGUUAGUCCUUUCCCCUACCAGCUCUGUGCUGUGCCCCGCUAGAGGAGGACACCAAGCCCCCAACCUACUCCUCACAGAGGCCUUGAUUUACAGUAAACCAGCGUGAUGGCUCCAACCUGGCUUGAGUCUCACCUGGCUCCUCUUACCAGCCUCUGGCAGUGAUUUGGCCUCAGCAGCCUCCCCAGAGCCAGCUCCUACUCCUCCCUGAUCUAGGCUUACCUGGCAUUUGACCCCAUUUCAGAGACAGGUAUACUGAGGCUUAGAAGGUGACAGUUUACCCCCCACCCGUCACCCAUGUAGACCCAACACUGGCUGCCCUGGUGUUGUAAGAGGUUCGGUGGUUUUGACCAGAGAUCUAAAAAGGAACUUUCUAACCCAAACGAAUGGACUGAGUGCACACUUUAUUAUAUAGGGAAGGGUAAAGGCGAAUAGAUAUGGAGAGUACAGAAAGUAGCUAUAUACAAAGAAACAUCAGACUGGGUACUUAUAACAUCCAAAUAAGUCAAUAAAAAGAGGAAACAACAUCAGAUCGAUCGAGAGAGAAACAUCAGAUCUGGUACUUACAACAUCCACGCCCUUACACACUGGGGAGAGUCCCUUUAAUCGACAUGGCUAGGCGGGAGUGCCGAUCGAAAGACGUCCUGGGCAAGGAGUCCCCCCCACAGGCAAGACUCUCAUUAGGCCUCGGUUUCCAGCAGCUUACAUAGCAUAAGUAAUUUCCAGAGUAAGCAUUUUGGU